UUUUUUCUGUUUAAAAAUAGAGUGAGAAGGAGGGGAUUUCAAAGCUCAAAGAAAAAGCAAAAACAGUUUGUUAUAGUAUAAUAUAAAUGGUGCUUUGUUUGUGAGUGUAUAUAUAAAUAUAUAUACAUAUGUAUAUAUAUAUAUAUAUACACAUACAUGUUAAUGUUUGGUUGAACAGGAGCUAAAAGGGUCUUUUCUUCAACCUCUGCAAGGAAAGCCCAUAUAGAAGUGGGCAGUAGGCAGUGGGCAGAUUUUCCUGCUUUUAAGGUCGCUCGCCGUCUUUAACUGAGUUUUUACUGGGUCUAGCAGCAAAAGAGAUUCGUAGGCUAGAGAUUUGCAAUUAUUUCAGGCAUUUAAGGCUUUCUCUGGAACAAAAAAUUCUUGGAAUGGAGAUUUCUUAAAACUCUCUGCUUUCAACUGUACCUUACCUUGCUUGUGCUCUUUCUCUUUCUUUAAUCUUCACCCUUUUACAUACGACAUAAUAUAAAAAAACAACACUCACUUGGGGUCUGUAUUUGCUUCAAUUCUUUACCCGAAAGAGACAUCUCAAGCAAGAUCUACCAUUUGGCUUCACAGAAAAACGAAGACAAUGUUGCCUCAGAAGCAAGCAGAAGAAGCAAUAGUCUCCAACUUCAACGAGACAGAGCAUGAAGGAAAAGAAGAAGAGAAGGAGGAAGAACAACAGUCCUUGUUUAGCGUCAAAAGCUUGCUUUGGCACGGUGGCUCUGUUUGGGACGCCUGGUUCAGCUGUGCAUCCAAUCAAGUCGCUCAAGUGCUUUUAACUCUGCCAUACUCAUUCUCCCAACUGGGUAUCCUCUCAGGCAUUUUGUUGCAGAUAUUCUAUGGCCUCAUCGGAAGCUGGACUGCCUAUCUUAUAAGUGUACUCUAUAUAGAGUACCGAAGCCGGAAGGAGAAAGAGAACGUCAGCUUCAAGAACCAUGUAAUUCAGUGGUUCGAAGUGCUUGAUGGGUUACUGGGUCCAUAUUGGAAAGCUGUUGGCCUUGCAUUCAACUGUACCUUCCUCCUGUUUGGAUCUGUAAUACAACUGAUAGCCUGUGCAAGUAACAUUUACUACAUCAACGACCGAUUGGAUAAGCGAACAUGGACUUAUAUUUUUGGUGCUUGCUGUGCCACCACUGUGUUCAUCCCUUCCUUUCAUAACUACCGAAUCUGGUCUUUUCUCGGCCUCGGCAUGACCACUUACACCGCCUGGUAUAUGGCCAUUGCCGCCCUUGUACAUGGCCAGGUUGAAGGUGUGUCACACUCGGCUCCGACAAAGCUAGUGCUGUACUUCACUGGCGCUACCAAUAUUCUGUACACCUUUGGUGGCCACGCUGUUACUGUGGAAAUUAUGCACGCCAUGUGGAAACCUCAAAAGUUCAAGUACAUAUAUCUGUUUGCUACUUUGUACGUUUUCACAUUAACAAUUCCCUCAGCCACCGCCGUCUACUGGGCAUUCGGCGAUCAACUCCUCAAUCAUUCCAACGCCUUCUCACUUCUCCCCAGGACUGGCUGGCGUGACACUGCCGUCAUCUUAAUGCUCAUUCACCAGUUUAUAACAUUUGGAUUCGCUUGUACGCCAUUGUACUUUGUGUGGGAGAAAGUUAUUGGAAUGCAUGACACCAAGAGCAUAUGCUUAAGGGCACUUGCAAGAUUACCAGUGGUGAUACCAAUUUGGUUUUUGGCCAUUAUAUUCCCAUUCUUUGGUCCAAUUAACUCUGCAGUUGGGGCUCUCUUGGUCAGCUUCACCGUCUACAUCAUCCCAUCUUUAGCCCAUAUGCUCACCUACAGAAAAGCCUCUGCUCGACAGAAUGCCGCAGAGAAGCCUCCAUUUUUUAUGCCAAGCUGGGCUGCAAUGUAUGCAUUUAACACAUUUAUAGCAGUGUGGGUUCUGGUGGUUGGUUUUGGGUUCGGUGGCUGGGCCAGUAUGACCAACUUUGUCCAGCAAGUCGACACAUUUGGGCUUUUUGCUAAGUGUUAUCAGUGCAAACCUCCACCGUCAACAGCCGCCCCGGGAGCCGCCCAACAUCACUGAACUUAAACAAAGUGACAUCAGAAACAAAAACAAAAGCCUUUUCUCUUCAAUUUUCUCUUUGUUUCUGCUCCUUAUUUUGUAUCAUACAAGGGGGGAUAGCAAUAGCUCCCUUAUAUGUGAUGUGUGCUGGAUUUUUCUUUUUUCUAUUUUAUUUUUUCAUUCUCUCCCCCUUAAAUUAGUGGGUAAAAUAGUGUGUUGAAUUGUGAUGAUUCCUUUGCUAUCAAAGCACAGGCUAAUUAAAAUCAGAUAUAUGAUGUUUAGUUUUAUAUAUAUAAAUAUCUUUCCUUCUUUUA